AAGUUGUUGUGACUCAACGGAAAAGUGUCAAUUAAUAUCUUUUUAGCGAUAGAUGAAUGUUUGGUUGUGUGUAUUGUUGAUUUUUUGCGUUUGUUUUCGUCGUUGCUGUAACAUUUAUUGUUCCGUGUCAUUUUCUUUAACCAAUCAACGUUGUACUCGUAGGUCAUAAGCUCACGUUUCAAUUGUUCAAAUAUAAUUGAGUUCAUAUACACGUUAGAUUUGGUGGCACGGCACUAUUUUUUUUGCAUUCAUUUCAAAGUCGUUUCAUUAUUACAUCAGAGGAAAUGUACAAUAUCAAACAUCAAGAUAUGUUGAGCGUCGGAAUCUUAAUUUUGUGUUUAAUGGACACAAAAACCAUUGGCGCGAACGAUGUUUAUUCGCAAAAAGAGUUUACAAUUCAAGUAGAACCUGGUGACAUAGCCUGUUUUUACGAAAAAGCAGUGAGGAAUCAAAUAAUUGACUUCGAAUAUCAAGUCAUUGACGGUGGACAUGGUGAUUUGGACAUAUCCUUCGAGCUUCAAAAUCCAAAUGGUCAUCCGAUUAUUACGGAGUAUAAGAAAUCCGACAACAUUCAUCGGCUGGAUGCAAAUGUAGACGGAGAUUAUAAAUACUGUUUUGAUAAUUCAUUCAGUUCAUUUAACACGAAAACGGUAUUCUUCGAACUAAUUAUCGAAUGGGAUGGUGAGCAUGGCGAAGCUGGUGGCCGUGAAGAUGAUUGGGGCAAGGAAGUUUUGGACAAAACCAUACCUGAUGAAAUCUUAAAAGAAAGGCUCACCGAGAUGCAAGUGACAAUUAUGAAGCUGCAUGAUCAUUUGAAUUCUGUGCAACGCACAUUGGAUGCGAGACGAUCCACAGAAGCACGUGACCGUAAUCAAGCUGAAGAGAAUAAUUUCAAAGUGAGCGCAUGGUCAUCAUUCCAAAUCAUUAUGAUGUGCAUUGUUGGCUCGAUUCAAGUUUACAUGUUGCGCAGUCUGUUCGAGACAGACCCUAGGGCCAAUAUUUGGACAAAACUCAAGUUCCUUAAAUAAAUCCAAUUUAAACAUAAAAAUCCAAAAGAAGAGAAUGCGAAGAAGACUGAAAAACUAACCAUCUCAAUCACUCGCAGGGCUCAAAUUUAAACUAAUUUUACCAAUAGGAGAGGACCUGAUCUAUGCCAAAGACCGUUUGAAGCGCGCUCAAAUCUCAUUUAAUUAAGAUUUACACCAAGCAAACAAAACAUGUAGACGAAAUUGAAUUCUUUUUUUUUGUACACAAAACUUUUUAUCACGAAAACGGGUUUGAAUGAAAUAUGGUGUGAGUGUGUGUAUAACAUAAUAAAAAAAAACUAAAUUUAAAACAAAUGCUAUGAAUACUUAUGCAAAAACAACGAACGCUUCGAAAAUAAUGUGCACCUUUUUUACAAGAAAAUAUCAUGUUUAGCUUAUGGGAAAUUCUACUACCCGUGGCAUCAUGAUCACUACCAUUCCAAUUUGUUCUUACGUUCAUUCUGUAUUGAAUAUUUCUCAGAAAAAUUGAAUAAUUGAAAAAGCUAUCUCUGCAUCUUUGAUUAAAACCAUGUUUGUUUGAAUGUGUGAAUAAAUUUUUUAAAGAAAAAAAACA